UUUCAUGUAUCAGUCGGAACACAAGUUGUAUGCAGAACGUGUUCCAUGACGAGCACAUUCAAAUGUUACACAUAGUCUGUUACUGAGCGGGUGCGUUCGAAAUUGUAUUAAUAAUUGUAACACACUAUCUCUUAUCUAUUCGAAUUAAUAUGUCGUAAAAUAUGGCGUAUCCACAACAAUAACAGGAACUAAGGUGCAGACGUGGGUAAAAUCCACACUAGUAUCUCACCAUUCGCGGCGUGUUCAUGCUAUAUUGGAGCAUUUUACAGCAAUGGAAUUGUCCAAAGAGUCUCCAAAUUGGAUUCUUCAACAUCCGGUGUAUCACCUGAUGAAGAACCUCAAUGUGGAAGACAGUGCACAAGUGCAUGCUGCUUUUCUUGUUUACAUGGACCUCACUGAGGUGCGUAACUGGAAGGAAGUAUCCUGCGUUAAAAAUGACGAACUUCAGCUUGUUUUGUUAGAGGGAAAAGAGAAGGAAGGCUCCCCUAUGCAGACAGUUCUUCCACUUCCUGUGCAUCAGUCUGUAAGCCACAGAAGUAUCCGACACGUACUGGACAGAGGCUUUCCGAUGCUUCUAUGUGCUGUAGCUUCAGACUCCACGCUGGUCUACCAGAGGUUAACCGAUGGCUUGGUGACGCCCGACCCGCCUGUAGGUCCCUUCCAGGAUGUUGGACGUCGGCAGCACAGGAAGAGACGACAGCAGCAUUGAGCAUUUGGUGGGAAACUAGUGAUCAUUUUUGUUUGGACUGAAUUACUGGAAUAAUUGGGCCCUAGGUGUACAAAAUGAACAAGAUAGAUAGUUUUAGCCCUCGGGUCAUCUCUGGCAAGACUGCGGUGAUGGGAACAAGCACCAGGUCUUGGGUGUUUCAGGUGCUUGAUAAACUUUGAUGUGUUGAAGCUCAAUGUUGUUUUUUUCCCUCCAUUACGGAACAUUUGGAAAGUGUCCAUCCAUCCAUUUUUCUCCGCUUAUCCGGGUCCAGGUCGCGGGGGCAGCAGUCUUAGUAGGGAAGCCCAGACUUCCCGGCCCCCGGCCACCUCCUCGAGCUCCACCGGGAGGACACCAAGGCGUUCCCAGGCCAGCUGUGAGACAUAUUCCCUCCAAUGUGUCCUAGGUCUGCCCCGCGGCCUUUUCCUGGCUGGGCAUGCCCGGAACACCUCACCAGGGAGGCGUCCGGGAGGCAUCCGGACUAGAUGCCUGAGCCACCUCAACUGACUCCUCUCGAUGUGAAGGAGAAGCGACUCUACUCUGAGCCCCUCCCGGAUGGCUGAGCUCCUCACCCUAAGUGUCUUCCUUCUGAAACAGGGGAGAAGUUCCACACAAUUGAUGCCAUGUUUGUUUACAAGUGAGCUACAAGCAGGCAGUUUUGACAGGCUGUUCACAGAAGAGGAGCGCUUGCACAGUACGUAAUAGUAAUCUCGCCUCAUUGAAACGUUUAUUUUGGGGUUUUCUAACCUGUCCUGUAGUAUAUUAUUAUAGUAUAUAUUGACAUAAAUCGAGUUUUAGUGGAAGUUAUGCCCGAAUUGACGUCUCACACUGUGCACAGAACACACAGACAUUUAAAAUACUAGUAAUAUAAGGAUUGGCGGCACGGUGGUCGAGUGGUUAGCGCACAGACCUCACAGCUAGGAGAGCAAGGGUUCAAUUCCACCCUCGGCCAUCUCUGUGUGGAGUUUGCAAGUUCUCCCCCGUGCAUGCGUGGGUUUUCUCCGGGUACUCCGGUUUCCUCCCACAUUCCAAAAACAUGCUAGGUUAAUUGUUGACUCCAAAUUGUCCAUAGGUAUGAAUGUGAGUGUGAAUGGUUGUUUGUCUAUAUGCCCCCUGUGAUUGGCUGGCCACCAGUCCAGGGUGUAGCGGUAGAAAAUGAAUGAACAUUUGAGUGUUAAGUUGCUGUGUGAUGACUUUAGUGUUCUAUAUAAAAAGUCAGACCGUUAUUGAGUAAUGACCUCCUUCAAAUAUACAUCAGAAUUUAUAGUUAAAUGACUAUAUCAUCAAACGAUGUGCGACCCUCGUGAGGAUAAGCGGUAGAAAAUGAAUGAAUGACUGAAUAAUAAAAGGAUUAGUGGUUUCCUUACAGGUCUUUCGACCUUCUUAAAAUAUUGUCCCAGGAUAAUUUGGAAGAAUAAUGUCCUCUUCUCCUACCAGAUCUUCAGCAUUCAUUCAUCUUUAUCCUCAAUGAUGGUCACGACAGUCGAGACACACAUUGGACUUUGAGAUAAGUUUCCAAAAACACUUUUAUUUUUCUAGAAAAACAAAGGAUCAACAUAGAAAUAACACAGCGACAUUGGUGAGUGAAAUACAGACCAAUAUUUGACUUCACCCAAACAGGGUUCAUCAGGACACGAUAUUAGAAGCGGGCGAGGGCGUCAGCAGCAAGCCGACCGUGUGAGUGUGUGUGUUUUUGUGUUAUGAUGAAAGAAAGGACUUUUGAGUAUAUAACGACAACACUUCAACCCUGAGCCUUGUUUAACAAAUACUGUAUAUUAUAAAGGAAUGUGGACAAACAGACAAGACGGACACGUUUUUGGCCCAGAAAUUGUAGAAACAAGAUUUCGUACUGUUUCCUGGAAUGCAGAAGGCAGAUCAACAAAGUGGGCCUCAUGAAUGAAACAUUUGGAUGCGGGUUUGCUCCUGAAUUGUACGCACAAGUAAUUCAAUUGUUCAUUGUUCCUACUGAUAUAUAUUUAAAAGUCUCAGUAGGAUGCAAUUAAAUGUUAGUCUUCUUUAUUAAAAGAUGACUCAAGGCAAAUUAAUAGAAUUAGCUCAGUUUCUUUCUGCUCUUUUUUUCCUUAGCGGUCACUCUGAAAGUGGAAAAAUAAGCAAACAUCCAUGCAUGAAACCCAUUUUUUCUGACUGACUUGCUUCUGAGAUUUGGAUGUAAACAGCAAGGUACUGCAAAUACUGUCUUUCAGGAGUUGUCCAAGCAGGGGAAACAUUCCUCUUGAUCCCCCAAAUCCCUGACAUCCUAUAAUGGCUUUUCAAGAAAGUCAACCAUCUUUUGAUUUCGGUCAUUACAUUAGACAAGAAGGAGCUUCGUCUUGAGCAGGAGGCCAAGAUGGUUGCUUGAUAAAGUUGUGUCCUUCUGCCAUUCAGGCAGGUUAUAACGUCCCAUCCUCUCAAGGUUGACGGCUGACGGAUGCUUGACCAUGAUGCUAUGUCAUGUCUUCCUCCUCUGAGCAGUAGUCCCUGCCCUGCAAGAGGUACAAAUUCAUUCAUUUAUUUCUACUCCUUAUCCUCAUGAGGGUCGCGGGGGGUGAUGGAGCCUAUCCCAGCUGUCUUGGGGCGAGAGGCGGGGUCCACUCUGGACUGGUGGCCAGCCAAUCCCCGGGCACAUAAACCACUCACAU